CUUACAACCGCGACUUAGACCGCGACUCGAGUCAACAUUCCCGCGGCUGUCAAAUCUGUCCUUUUUGGCAGCAUAACUUGCACCCGCGACAGCGAAGAUUGCGUAGAGAACUCAAAGUCGCGGCGAGACUUCACAGUGUUGCCCAAUGAAUUCAAAGUCUAAAAAUGUAUGCAAUUUACAUGUGACAUCCCUGAAUCGGAAACAGUGUUGUGCUAUUUCAUUCGGUCUUUAAUUUAAAAAAAACAAAUAUUCGUUAUGGAUUUGGUUUAGAAACGUCAAAAUUGUGUCAAAGAAAAAUAAAGACAUUAUUUAAAUAUGCUGCCGAAACGUCAAAUAUUACGGAGUACUCCGCAACAGAUGGAGAAGUUGGUGGACUACAUGGCCGCCAACCCUCUAUUUGCAGCGGGGGAGUUUCGGGGCCCACUCGGACCACAACAUAAUGCGAACGAGUGGGCUCAAUUAAAAACAAUGCUUGCGGAUUUUGGCCCAGACAAGUCUGUGGACCAAUGGAAGCACACGUGGCGUGAUUUAAAAAAAAAGGCUCGUGCUGAUGGGGGGCGCCUCCGCCUCUCGUUUCAAAGAACGGGGAACGCGGAGGUCGUCCCCAAACUCAGCACCACGACCGAAAAAAUACUCGGCGCAAUGGGGUCGGAGUGCGCCGCAGGCAUUGGCGUGGAGCACGAGACGGGGAUUGGUACGGCAGGGAUUCAUACUGGAGAACUGGAGGUAGGAGGUUCGCAAGAACAAGCUGACGCUGAAGCUGUUGUUGUGGCCCCCCUGCUUCCAGCGAGGCUUCCGGUCCGCGCUUCACGUCCAAAGUGUCCAAACCCCGCGCCCAUACCGACUGCCCAGCGGCGCACUAAACGCCCUGAACAGCAGCAGCAUUCUGCGGCAUUUGUGGCUGCCCAAAGGGCCACUAAUGCACAACUAAUGGAGAUAGCGAGUGAAUUACGCUCCGCCUCUAGGCGACAGAGACGUCGCACUAUGGGCCCUUUACACCACCUUAAAUUUUGAUUUAAAUUGUAUUUUAUUAAUUAAUAAAUUUAGGUGUAAUAAUAAA